UCAUAUGUUACUGCUGUUGUUAAACGAAACAAACAUGGCGGCUGUUAAGCGUGUACUGUACGUGGGUGGGUUAGCAGAGGAAGUGGAUGAGAAGGUGCUUCAUGCAGCCUUUAUUCCAUUUGGUGAUAUUGUGGAUAUUCAGAUACCCCUGGAUUAUGAGACAGAAAAGCAUCGUGGAUUUGCGUUUAUUGAGUUUGAAAUGGCAGAGGAUGCAGCAGCUGCUAUUGAUAACAUGAAUGAGUCAGAGCUGUUUGGUCGCACAAUCCGUGUGAAUGUUGCCAAGCCUAUGAAGAUCAAAGAGGGUUCAUCAAGACCAGUGUGGUCGGAUGAUGAUUGGUUGAAGAAAUUUUCUGGGAAAACGGAAGAAUCAGAAGGACGAGAGUCAAGUGAAGAGCCCAAUAAGCUUGACACUCAGGAGACUGGACCUCCUGCAAAAAAGGGGAGAGUAAAUCCACAGGUAUACCUGGAUAUUAAAAUUGGCAACAAACCUGCUGGCAGAAUCAGAUUCCUCCUGAGAGCUGAUAUUGUGCCCAUGACAGCAGAAAACUUCCGCUGUCUCUGUACACAUGAAAAAGGCUUUGGAUUCAAAGGCAGCAGCUUUCAUCGGAUCAUUCCACAGUUUAUGUGCCAAGGGGGAGACUUUACCAACCACAAUGGCACAGGGGGAAAAUCUAUCUAUGGUCGUAAAUUUGAUGAUGAGAACUUUAUUCUAAAGCACACGAGAGAAGUCCAGGUUUGUUGUCCAUGGCAAAUUCUGGCCCGAACACUAAUGGAUCACAGUUUUUCAUCAGUUGUGACAAAACAGACUGGCUUGACGGAAAACAUGUGGUCUUUGGAGAAGUUAUUGAAGGAAUGGACGUGGUUCGUGCAAUAGAGGCUCAGGGUAUGAAGGAUGGGAAACCAAAGCAGACUGUGAUCAUUUCUGACUGUGGGGAAUACAUGUGAGAACAAGAUUUAGCAUGAUGUACAAAGGAAUGGACAAAUUAAACUGACAAGAGUUGAUAACUUGUUUCAUGGAACAGAUGGCUGUGUAGAUUUGAAUUAAUACACAACUGUAAAAAGGAUAACAUCAGUUUAUUCAGACUGGUAAAAUACAAGAUUAUAUAUA